AUGCGCCCGGUGCGCAGGAACUUCUACGACCCCUCCUCAGCACCGGGAAAGGGCAUCGUGUGGGAAUGGGAGAACGACAACAGCUCGUGGACGCCCUACGACAUGGACAUCUGCAUCACCAUCCAGAACGCCUACGAGAAGCAGCACCCCUGGCUGGACCUCUCCUCCCUGGGCUUCUGCUACCUCAUCUACUUCAGCAGCAUGUCGCAGAUGAACCGACAGACGCAGCGCCGGCGCCGGCUGCGGCGCCGCAUGGACCUGGCGUACCCUCUGACCAUGGGCUCCAUCCCCAAGUCGCAGUCGUGGCCGGUGGGCAGCAGCACGGGGCAGCCCUGCUCGUGCCAUCAGUGCCUGCUGGUCAACAGCACCCGCGCGGCAUCCAACGCCAUCCUGGCCUCGCAGCGCCGCAAGCUGUACGCCGGCACGGGGACGGUGCCGGUGCGGCAGAGCAGCACCUUUGCCGGUGCGACGUUGUGGCCAUCGGCGGGCGGCACGGCCAAAGGGGAGGCACCCAGGGUGCCUGCUGGGGCUUUUGGGUGCAGCCAGAGCACGCCCGGCACCGUGCAGCUGCCUGGCCUCAAUAACCUCAACCGGCCCGGCACGCAGCGGGGGGCUGGCAGUAGCGCCCGCACCGCGGUGCCCCCCGGGGUGCCAGCCCUCCCGGUCAAGAACCUGAACGGCACCGGCCCCGUCCAUCCCGCCCUGGCAGGGAUGACGGGCAUCCUGAUGUGUGCUGCUGGACUGCCCGUCUGCCUGACCCGUGCGCCCAAGCCCAUCCUGCACCCGCCGCCCGUCAGCAAGAGUGACAUCAAGCCUGUGCCUGGGGUCAGCGGAAUCUGCAGGAAGACCAAGAAGAAGCACCUCAAAAGGAGCAAGAACCCAGAGGAUGUGGUGCGUCGCUACAUCCAGAAAGUGAAGACCCCUCCGGAUGAGGACUGCACCAUCUGCAUGGAGCGGUUGGUCACCUCCUCGGGCUACGAGGGCGUCCUGAGUCACCGCGGCAUCAAGCCGGAGCUGGUGGGCAAGCUGGGCAAAUGUGGGCACAUGUACCACCUGCUGUGCCUCGUGGCCAUGUACAACAACGGCAACAAGGACGGCAGCUUGCAGUGCCCCACCUGCAAGGCCAUCUAUGGGGAGAAGACAGGCACGCAGCCCCCUGGGAAGAUGGAGUUCCACCUCAUCCCCCAUUCCCUCCCGGGCUACACUGACUCCAAAACCAUCCGGAUAGUCUACGACAUCCCCACCGGCAUCCAGGGUCCAGAGCACCCCAACCCUGGCAAGAAGUUCACGGCACGCGGCUUUCCCCGGCACUGCUACCUGCCUGACAACGAGAAGGGCAGGAAGGUGCUGAAGCUGCUGAUCGUGGCGUGGGACCGGCGGCUCAUCUUCACCAUCGGCACCUCCAACACCACGGGAGAAUCAGACACGGUGGUGUGGAACGAGAUCCAUCACAAGACCGAAUUCGGCUCCAACCUGACGGGUCACGGCUAUCCCGAUCCCAACUACCUGGACAACGUCCUGGCCGAGCUGCUGGCGCAGGGCGUCUCCGAGGCCACCCUCAAGGACUGAGC